AUGGCCGGCCAGGGAGGGAUUCCUCCUAUUGCAGACACUCAUCAAUUCGAGGAAGAAACAUCACUGCAAAAAUUCCAACGUCGACUCAAGGAAGAACCUCUGAUUCCGCUAGGAUGCGCCGCCACAUGCUACGCCCUCUUCCGCGCAUACCGAUCCAUGAAAGCCAAAGACUCAAAAGAACUCAAUCGCAUGUUCCGUGCACGCAUCUACGCCCAAUUUUUUACGCUAUUUGCCGUGGUUGCCGGCGGCAUGUACUACAAAACGGAGCGAACACAACGACGCGAAUUCGAGCGCAUGGUUGAAGAGCGCAAGUCGCUCGAGAAGCGGGAUGCGUGGCUGCGCGAACUGGAGGUGCGUGAUAAAGAGGAUAAAGAUUGGAGAGAGCGGCAUGCGGCAGCGGCGGAGGCGGCCAAGGAAGUCGAUAAGCCUCGUAGCGAGAAGUCUGGGCUGGAGAAGAAUCAGUCGCCGGUGGAGGAUGCGGAGAGAAAAGGGUUGGGGGUUUUGGAUGCUGUCAAGGCGCUGGUGGCCAAGAAGGAUUAA